UUCUCCACUUUAUAAAUAUACCUUUUCAGUCACGCUUAACGACUACACAUCAACCGUCGUUUUAUUUUUCCUCAAGACGAAAAUGAGUCAGGAACAACCAAGACGACCACAACCUGAAGACCAAGAGCCCAUCAAAUAUGGCGACGUAUUCCAAGUCUCCGGCGAAAUAGCCAACAAACCCAUCACCCCACAAGAUGCCGCAACCAUGCAAACCGCCGAGAACAUGGUUCUAGGUAAAAUCCAGAAAGGCGGACCUGCCGCUGUCAUGCAGUCAGCUGCUUCGGUCAAUGAGAGCCGCGGCGUCGUAAGCCAUUACGACGUAACUAGCGCCACCGGAGAUCAAGGUGUCACUGUAUCCGAAGCUGUAGUCGCCGGUCAUCACAUCGUAACCGAGUCUGUCGGCGGAGAGGUGGUGGGACAAUACGUAGGAACCAAUAAGGCGUCAUCUCCUGCUCCGCCGAUCUCCGGCGGUGACGAUCAGGUUACAAUUGGAGAAGCACUGGAGGCUGCUGCCAUAUCUGCUGGAGAGAAACCGGUAGACCAGAGUGAUGCUGCAGCCAUACAAGCGGCGGAAGUCCGAGCAACCGGUCGUAUGCAGGUGGUACCGGGUGGCGUGGCAGCGAAAGCUCAGGCUGCGGCCUCUCAGAACGCCCGAACUAUGCGUGAUGAGGACAAGACAAAGCUUGGAGAUGUGUUGAUGGAUGCGAGUACAUUGCUGCCGAGAGACAAAGCAGUGACGAGGGAGGAUGCUGAGGGGGUGAUUGGGGCGGAGAUUAGGAACCAGCCGGAGUUGGCUACGUACCCUGGUGGGGUUAGUGCGUCGAUGGCGGCAGCGGCCAGGCUCAACCAGAAGUGAAGUGUGUAUGUAUAUAUAUGUGGUGCACGUCAGCACGCGGUUGUUUUUGUGUGUGAUAUGAGGUCGACAUAAUCUGACUUGUAUGAAACUAUAUAUAUAAAUGUCAUCUUUAAGCAUAAACAUACAACUAUGUCUUUUC